ACAUAGCCUCUCACAAUGACCUCCUACAGCUUCAGGCAAUCCUCUUCUGUCUCAGGUGGAGGGUAUGGUGGGGCUUCCUUAAGGGCCCCAAGCAUGCACGGUGGGUCUGGUGGCCGGGGCGUCUCAGUCUCUUCUGCAAGGUUUGUCUCCUCUGGGGCUGGAGGAGGCCUAGGUGGUGGCUAUGGAGGAGGCUAUGGAGGAGGCCUAGGUGGUGGCUAUGGAGGAGGCUAUGGUGGGGGCUUUGGAGGAGGCUAUGGUGGGGGCUUUGGUGGUGGUGCUGGAGGUGGGUUUGGAGCCAGCAUGGCUGUCAGUGAUGGCCUCCUUACUGGAAAUGAGAAGGUAACCAUGCAGAACCUGAAUGACCGCCUGGCAAGCUACUUAGACAAGGUGCGUGCCCUGGAGGAAGCCAACACAGAUCUGGAGGUUAAAAUCCGAGAAUGGUACCAAAAGCAGGGACCGAGUCCAACCCGUGACUACAGCGCAUAUCACAAGACCAUUGAAGAUCUCCGAGACAAGAUCCUUGAUGCAACAAUUGAAAACUCAAAAAUUGUCCUGCAGAUUGACAAUGCCAGGCUGGCUGCUGAUGAUUUCAAAACCAAGUUUGAGACAGAGCAAGCUCUGCGCAUGAGUGUUGAGGGUGACAUCAAUGGACUACGCAGAGUCCUGGAUGAGCUGACCUUGGCUAGGACUGAUCUGGAGUUGCAGAUCGAAAGUCUGAAGGAGGAACUUGCCUACCUCAAGAAGAACCAUGAGGAGGAGAUGGCUUCCCUUUCAGGGCAACUUGGAGGCCAAGUGAGUGUGGAAGUUGACUCUGCCCCAGGCAUUGAUCUCACCAAGAUCCUGGCUGAUAUGAGAGACCAGUAUGAACUGAUGGCUGAUAAGAACAGAAGGGAAGCUGAGGCUUGGUUCACCAGCAAGACUGAAGAACUGAAUCAAGAAGUUGCUGUCAACACCGAACAGCUUCAGUCCAGCAAGACGGAGAUCACAGACUUGAGACGCACCCUCCAAGGCCUGGAGAUUGAGCUCCAGUCUCAGAUUAGCAUGAAAAAUGCACUGGAAAACACCUUGGCAGACACGGAAUGUCGCUACAGUGCCCAGCUGGCCCAGAUCCAGGGUCUGAUCGGCAACAUCGAAGGGCAACUGGUUGAGCUCCGAUCCGACAUGGAGCGUCAAAACAGUGACUAUAAGAUCCUGAUGGACAUCAAGAGCCGCCUGGAGCAGGAGAUUGAGACUUACCGCAAGCUUUUGGAUGGCCAAGAUCUCCAAUUUUCAGGAAUUCAUGGACUUCCAGCCAUGGCUACAAGCUAUUACCAGAGUUCAUCUGCUUCCUAUGGUGGUGGUUUAGGUGGUGGGAGUUGCGGCUCCAGCCGCAUGUCCUCUGUCCGAGUGGGAUCACCCAGCAUUGGGGGAGCUGGUGGUGGCCGCAUGUCUGUCUCUUCUGCCAGGUUUGUAUCUUCUGGGGCAGGAGGAGGAUAUGGAGGUGGAAUAGGAGGUGGCUUUGGCAGCGGUUCCUGUGGAGCAGGAGGUGGCUUUGGUGGUGGUUCUUAUGGACUGGUUUCUGGUGGAGGUGGUGGCUAUGGUAGCUGUUUUGGUGGAGGUCUUGGAGGUGGUUAUGCUGGAGGCUAUGGUGGUGGCUAUGGUGGUGGUUUUGACUUUGUGGCUGGUGGUGAUGGAGCCCUUCUUACUGGAAAUGAGAAGGUCACCAUGCAGAAUCUCAAUGACCGCCUGGCUAACUACCUGGAAAAGGUGAGGGCUCUGGAAGAAGCCAACACUGAACUGGAGAUCAAGAUCCGAGACUGGCAUCAGAAACAAGCUCCUACCAGCCCAGCCAAGGACUACAGCCACUACCACAAGAUUAUUGAGGACAUUCGUGACAAGAUUCUUCAAGCCACCACUGACAAUUCAAGGGUUGUCUUGGAGAUUGACAAUGCCAGGCUGGCUGCUGAUGACUUCAGACUGAAGUAUGAGAAUGAGCUGCACCUCCGCCAGAGUGUCGAGGCUGACAUCAAUGGUCUGCGCAGAGUCCUGGAUGAGCUGACUCUGUCCAAAUCUGACAUGGAGAUGCAGAUCGAAGGGCAGAAGGAAGACCUGGCCUACCUCAAAAAGAACCACGAGGAGUUAAUGAAAGAAUACAGCACUCAGUUGACCGGAAAUGUCAGUGUCGAGAUGGAUGCUGCCCCUGGAAUCGACCUCACCAAAAUUUUGGCAGACAUGAGAGAACAAUAUGAACAACUGGCUGACAAGAAUCGCAGAGAUUGUGAGGCCUGGUUCUUUGCCAAGACUGAAGAACUGAACCGUGAAGUCGCCACUAACACAGAACAAAUACAGACCAGCAAGAGCGAGAUGUCAGAACUGAGGCGUACAAUACAGAGUCUGGAGAUUGAGUUACAGUCGCAUCUUAGCAUGAAAGCUGGCUUGGAAAGUAGCUUGGCAGAGACAGAAGGCCGGUACUGUGCUCAGCUGGCUCAAAUACAGAAUAUGAUCACCAGCGUAGAGGAGCAGCUGGCUGAGCUGAGAAGUGACAUGGAGCGCCAGAACUAUGAGUACAAGAUGCUCAUGGACAUCAAGACCCGCCUGGAGCAGGAGAUUGGCACCUAUCGCAACCUGUUGGAGGGCCAGGACUCCAAAAUCCCCGGAUGGUCUCCAAAGGAUGCAUCCCACGGUGGAGGAAGCAACAUCACCUACGGUAGCUCUACUAGCUACAGUAGUGGCGGCGGCGGCAGUGGCAGCAUCACUUCCAGCAGCAAAGUGCGUACUGGCAGCGAAGAAAGGAGAUACUGAAUCUUCUGAAAACUGCAUCCAUCCACCUCAUGGAAAACAAGCAUUUUCAGCAUGCACACAGAUGGCUCAAAGAAACAUCCCUCCUGUCGCCCAAGAGUGCCUUGGCUUGGUCACUUCCUUAAUGGCACUUUCUCACUUGCUUUGUCUUGCUCAUCAAAGUAGAUGCACUGCUGUGUAAUGCUUUUGAUAAUAAAGUUUCCUUUCAGGCUUUUUUUGCAGAUAAA